AUGAACAAGCGCAAGAGAGAGAGGAAAGAAUACAUGAUGAGAAGAGAGAGAGAAAUGAAGGAUGCAGAGAUGGAAGAGAAGAAAAAUGUUAUAAAGGAGAAGAUUGAGUCGAACUCGAAGAUUCCGCAUGGAUUGAAGAAAGAUGCAGCGAGUUUGCUGAAUGAGAUUAUUUAUGAUGGGAAGGUGGAGGAAGAGUAUAGACUUCCGAAGGCGAUGGUAACAACAUCUAGAAACCCAAGCUCCCAGCUUUUGUACUUUUCAAAGAAUCUGUCGUUGAUUCUAAAUGCAGAGCAUUUUCUGAGGGGGCAAAAAUGUGAAUCUGACAUAAGCGAUGAGGCGCAUAACCAUGGAUACACCUGUGUGAUAAUUGCACAUGAAAACCGAGGCCGCCCAGUGGGUCUGGUGAUUUCAUAUUUUCCUUAUGGAUUUACAAUGCGGUUUACGAUUGUGGAUUAUUUUGUGACACAAAGGUCGUUUUCUGUAGGGCCUAAGGCAUACUUUGUAUGUGACAACAUGGAAGGCACUAUUGGAAAGAAGGUAAAGGAGAAGAUGUCGUUGCUGUUCCCGAAAUGCGAAGAUGCAAAACGGGUGGUGAGCCUGGUUAACAGGAAUGAGAGUAUUGCAUUCAGGCAUUACAUGAUAGAGAAAGGACUGAAGGUGUCUCUGAGCAAGAGCUUUGGCAUGGAUCUAAAAAUAUAUGAAAUACGGAAAGGAACAUUUGAGCAAGAGGGUGAGAUUGAAUGGGUUUACAAGCCAUUUAUGAAUUCAAGAAGAACCAAAGAAGAAAUUGGAUGCUCGAUAGAGGAAUGA